AUGGAGUUCCCCGCAGUCGCCGACGAAGUAGCGGUGGACUGCGACGCCUUCCGCAUAUACCGGAGCGGCAAGGUGGACCGCCUCUGCCGCCCGGCGCGCGCGCCCGCGGGGCUCGACCCGGCCACCGGCGUCACCACCAAAGACGUGGUCAUCGACGCCGGCACGGGCCUGUCCGCGCGGCUCUUCCUCCCCGCCCGCCCAGCAGAUCCCUCCAAGAACAAGAAGCUCCCCGUCCUCGUCUUCUUCCACGGCGGCGCCUUCCUCAUCGAGUCCGCCGUCUCCCCUCAGUACCACGGCUACGUCGCGUCCCUCGCCGCCGCGGCCGGCGUCCUCGCCGUCUCGGUGGAGUACCGCCUCGCGCCCGAGCACCCGGUGCCCGCCGCCUACGACGACGCAUGGGCAGCGCUGCGGUGGGCGGCCGAGGCGCAGGACGAGUGGGUCGCGGAGCACGGCGACGGCGCGCGCCUCUUCCUCGCGGGCGACAGUGCCGGCGGCAACAUCGUGCACAACGUCCUGAUAAGGGCGUCGUUCGAGCCGGCGCCGAGGGUGGAGGGCGCCAUCCUGCUGCAUCCCUGGUUCGGCGGGAACACGGUGGUCGUAGGCGAGGACGAGGCGAUGGCCAGGGACAUGGCCGCGGUCUGGGAGUGCGCGUGCCCGGGGGCGGUGGGCGGCGCGGACGACCCGAGGAUGAACCCGAUGGCGCCUGGCGCGCCGGGGCUGGAGAACCUCCGCUGCGAACGGAUGCUGGUGUGCGCCGGCCAGAAGGACUGGGCGGCUGCCAGGGACAGAGCGUACUACGCGGCGGUGACCACGAGCGCGUGGCCCGGCGGCGCGUCGUGGGUCGAGUCCGAAGGAGAAGGGCACGUCUUCUUCCUGGAGAAGCCGGACUGCGCCAACGCCAAGGAGCUCAUGGACCGUGUCGUCGCCUUCAUCGCCGGCAACUGAGCAAUAAACGGCCGGCAGACCCGGCAACCAUAGCCAGCCGUGGCACAGUCAAACUGAAUCCGAUGCACAUGUGCCCAAUUUCAUUUACAGAGCAGACCUAAUGUUACAAUCCGACGCACAUUUACCCCGGUUGAUGAACGACGCAACAGCCGCCAUUUCCUUCGCCGCU